CACGUCCCCCCAGAUGUUUUUUCUUGGUUACAUCAUGCGUGGGGUUGGCCCAGAUCCCUCCCCGUGGAGCUCAUGGACUGGCUUAAUGAGCCCCUUGGGUGCCCGCCUCAGGCAAGAUGCCCCGGCCCUCAUGGUCUCUGGAAAACAAAAAUAAUUCAGAGAAAUUGGGGCUGCUUCUCUGCAUGGUGUGCCGCACUUCAGCCUCUGUUCCCAGGCCCCUCACCAGCAAGGAGGGCCAGGCCCAGCUGUCAGGCCCAAUCUUGCCCACCCAGGCCUUUUAAAUUAUGAGCCUGCAUUAAUCCUGCGUUUCCAUAAAUCUCGGGAAUGAGAAUGGAUUCCAGCUGGAUAGUGCUUUACAACACUGUGUGCAAAGAGCUUUCUUCCCGUCCCGUUCUGCUUCAUCUUCAAAACAACUUUGUAAAAUCAGUCUGAUUUCUUUGUCAUCCCCAGCAUACACUGAGAACACUGAGGCUCCAGGCAAUGGACCUGGUGAAUAGAGUGCCAGGAGUCAGUCACAUCUUCUGACUCUAAAGCCCAAAUGGUUGCACAGCCGGCGCUAGACAUAGCAGGGAACCCUUACUCUCCAUGCCCUACUCGUGACAGACAUCACUAAUCAAUCAUGGCAUGGCAGACAUUGUUAAUCAAUUGCAGUGCUCUUUUCUAAUAAGCUCAGAGGCUGCUGUGAACUCAACACAGUACUCCAGGACACCAUUACUUCUCAGAAGAUCAGACCCACAGUAUCUGCCAUUCCUGUGAUCUCACACCAUCAGUCUUAAGCCCUGAGGAUGCAAGUACAACCCCCAGAUGCUCUUGUCACCAGACCACAGGAAUACAUUGCUCAUCAGUUGCCAUGAGGUUCUUGGAGAGGGCUGUUGGAGAGGGCUCCACCCCCGAACAGAUGUCCCUCACCAGCAUGGUCUCUCUCAGAGGGACAACAACUGUGCAGGUUUGCCUGGGGCUGUAGGGUUCGCCAAGUCUUUAAUAGAAGUUUUAUUAUGAAACACUUCAGGUGCCCCCCAAAGUGUAGAUAGAAUGUAAUCACAGAGAACUGUGUUCCCACAGUCUCAGCAACAAGACACCAGACGCAGCUGAAGUCCCUGUGUGUCCCCCUCAGCCCCCCACUGAGGCCACCACUCUCCGAAUUUUGUGUUUCUCAUUCCUAUGCACAUUUUUAUACAUUUAUUACAUAUUUAUGUACCCAUAUUAUUAACCUUUACAGAAAUUAGGUUGCGCAGCUUGUUAUUUUCAUACAUGUGGAUGUUGUGGGCUUGUAGGAGCGAUGUUAAGCGCAGCUUUGAAUCUCCCAUCAGGUCAUAAUUGCAAAUAUCUGUCGAGCCCUUCCUCUGUACCAGGUGUGGUUUCAGGUGCCUUACCUGCCUUAAUUCAUCUAACAGUCACAAAAAAAUUAUUUGUAUCCCCACUUCACAGAUUUGGAAACAAAGGCAUAGAAAGGUGAAUGACAUACCCAAGUCACAUAGCUUGGAAGCUGUGCUCCUGACUGCUGGAUGUUUACUGUCUCUACUGCUGCGUGGUCUGUGAAAUGAAAACACAGUCCUUUAUCCAUCCUCUUUUAGGGCCAUUGAUUACUUCUGCAGACAUGCCUCAACAUGGGUCUCAGAGGGUUUGGGGGUGCUUGUAUUAUCUUGCUUGGUUCCUACAUCAAGCCUGUGAGGGGAUGUUUGUAUCAUCCCCCACCCUUUCCAGAUGAGAGACCUAAGGCUCAGAGAGGGUGAAUCGCCUUCUCAGAGCUGCACAGCUCCAAUGCACCAGAGGUGGGCUGUGAGCCUGGGCUCCUCCAAUUCCAGAGCCCAGAGACACUCUCAUAUCCCACAGGAGCCCUCGGUCCCCCAUUGGCUUCUCCUCUCGGCUCUGUCCCUGGCAGCCUGCCCUCCCUCCCCACACCUGGCCAUAGGGCUCCGUCCUCCGGCCACCCUCCUCCUCCCAGAGAAGGGGCCCAACCGGAAGGCCAGUUCAUGUUAGGAAAUUCCAGCCACGUGAGCCAACCCUAGCCAGGGAUUCUGAGCAGCCGGUGGCUUUAGGAGAAACUGAAACUUGGCGUGCCGGGGGCGGAGUGGUCACUGGUGAUUUAAAGAGCUUCCACUUCCUUGGGCCCCCAGAGGGCACUGGGAGGUCACAGCGGACGAGGAACACCUCGGAUGUGAGCCUCUGCACCCCUGCCCAAGCCAUGCGUCUCUGCGGGGGGGACGAGCUGCUGGCCCGGACGGACCCAGAGGAGCAUCAGAGGCAGCUGAAGAAGAAACAGAAGAACCGGGCCGCCGCCCAGCGCAGCCGGCAGAAGCACACGGACAAGGCGGACGCCCUGCACCAGCACGAGUCGCUGGAGAAACACAACCACGCCCUGCGGAAGGAGAUCCAGGCCCUGCAGGCUGAGCUGCUGUGGUGGAGUCGGACCCUGCACGUGCAUGAGCACCUGUGCCCGACGGGCUGUGCCUCCUGCUUGGCUCCCACGCCCCCCGGCUGCUGGACCCAGGCAGGGCCACCCCCAGGCCGUGUGCCCCACGGACAACACGGCUGCCAGGAGCAGCCAGACCUGUUCCAGACCCCAGGCCACUCUCCUUCUGCUCAGCAACUCUCUCCAGAUCCGCAUGGCUCCCCUGGCCUCCUCCUCGCCCCUCUGCCCUCACUGUCCCUUGGCUCCACUGCGGUCACUGCGUCUUCGGCCCAGCUCUCCUCCAGCCCUGUCGAAUCUGCCUCGCCCACUGGCUCCACCCUGCUGAGACCCUCCUCCAACCUCAGUGCCCUCCUGCCCAGCCCAGGCCAAGCUGCCCCUCCCCAGCCCCUUGGGCUAGAGCACCCCACCAGGAGGAAGCUGGAGUCCUCCUCCCACAGCCCCUUGGCUGCUCUGGGGCUGGCCUGUCUGCAGGACGGGGAGCACAAGCCUGCCUUCUCAGCAGCAGACCAGCAAGGCCUGGGUGUGGAUCCUAGCCCCCAUCCCCUCCUGGCCUUCCCCCUGCUCUCCUCAGCUCAAGUUCACUUCUAACCCGGCCCCCAGAGCCGGGCUGGCCCCCUGGGCUCAGGAAGCACCCUCAGCACCCAGGCAUCUCUUCCCUUGCCACUGGAGGCUCUCCUUCUUGGCUGACCAGCUGGCCCAGGAUUUCACCGGGGAAAGGAAGCCAUGACAGCAUGCCCACCCUCUGCCAGGCCCUGUCACUGCCACUGUCUUAUUUCACCCUCAGGGUCAUCCUGCAAAAUCCAGAUUAUCACUGCACUUUUUCAGAUAAGGAGACAGAGGCUCAGAGGAGCCAAGUGACUUGUCCAAGGUCACAUAGCCUUUCCUGGGACCUGAAACACCAGCAUCUGUUGUCCUUCUCCUGGUAGGAUCCUGGCCCAGGCACCCUAGGGGCUGAAGUCCUGGACACUGAGGUCUGGUGUGAGGAGGUUUAAGUGCUGGGAGCAGGGAGGGGCUCUCCCUUCUGAUUUGUGAUUCCCAGGGCCACAGAGCCCUGCUGAAACCUCACCCUGGCUGAAGCGGCUUAGGGAGUGGCCAAGCAGGAGCCCACUUCUUCCCCAGCAGUGUUUUCAGAGCCAAGGAACUGAAUCUGUGGGUUGAAGAUGGGAGAAGCCUGCGAUAGUCCCCCCUGGGAUUUCUACAGAACGGGGUACCCCAUAGCCAUAACAAGGCUUCAGAAACAUUCUGCAGGGUCAGCUCUCCGGGCUAUUCCCAAAUAGCUCCCUGCCUCCCUCCUCCCCGCAAGGCCAUGAGGGACUCCUGAGAGCCAUUCAUGUCGUGCACAAAAGGCCUGAGGAAAGAGCAAGGGGAGGGUCAGGUGCCAGGUUACAUUUAAGCAAGUGCUGGUGGCAGUGAGACCCAUGUCUUCUCUGGGACCUCCUCCAUCCCUGGGCAGCCCCUGACCCCUAUUACCCUCGGCUUCUCUGAGCAGCGCCCCUCAUUGCUCUUCGGUUUGAUGGCAGCUGGAGGAUCAGGGGCCAGGACCAGGUGGAGCUCAGCUGCAGUGUCUACUCCAAGGGAGGUUUCUCAUUCAGACUCAGGAUAAACGCUGUAAGGGACCUGAGACCAGAAACUCCAGCUCUUCACGCAGAUUUUCACACACGUGUAAACAGACACUACACUAGUAUUUGACCCACUCCAGGAUGCUGAGCACAAGUCUUGGCAUGUAUGUUAUGGUAAAUAAAUUAAAGUGUUUUCCAAUUCUUUUUGCUUUG